CACCUGUACUUGAUGACACUUAACAGCUGUGGCCUCAGUUGGUGUUGUGCUGGAGGUGGUGACACUACACACACUCGCGCCAUCUACGGGAAGUGAGUGCUGGAGCAAUGAUGACGAGGGUCGUGGUCUUCCUGAUGGUACUGUUGGCCAAUCACGUCCUCCCACACGAGCGGGAGAACUUCUUCCAAGAAUUUCAAGAACACGACCACGGACACCACGACCAAGGAUACGUACAGGAGAGCCAAGUACAGGAGGGCCAAGUACAGGAGGGCCAAGUACAAGAUGGCCACGUACAGGAGAACCAAGUACAAGAUGGCUACGUACAGGAGAACCAAGUACAUGAUAGUCACGAACAAGAUGGCCAAGCACAAGAUGGCCAACCACAAGAGGGCCACGUACAAGAUGGCUACGUACAGGAGAACCAAGUACAUGAUAGUCAUGAACAAGAUGGCCAAGCACGAGAUAGCCACGUACAAAAUGAUCAACCACAAGGACAUGAACAAGAUGGCCACGUACAACAUGACCAACUACAAGAAGGCCACGUACAAGAUGGCCAACCACAAGAGGGGCACGUACAAGAGGGCCACGUGCAAGAAGGCCAACCACAAGAGGGGCACGUACAAGAGGGCCACGUGCAAGAUGGCUAACCACAAGAGGGCACGUACAAGAGGGCCACACGUGCAAGAGGGGCACGUAUGA